GUCAUAAUAAUAAGGAAGACUUCGUGGCUGUGGUAACUAGUGAAGACCGCAGUCAAGCUAACAACAACAGAUCAAACAGGUUUAAAAUAUGUUCACAUCGAAUGAACUAACUACGAAUAACUUCAACAACGGAGAAAAUUGAGAUAUUUUCUGCAGGAGUGUCCAGUGACUAACUAGUGAACUACAUAUUAUGAUGCCAUGGAGGAUAGGAAGCUGAAGAGAAAGAUUUCCAGGCCCUCCACCAACCAGGCCCCUGCCCCACCAACCAGCACCCGGAAGAACACCGCCUCAGGACGGCAUCUGGGCUUCAGCCACAUGGGUACACACUCCAGCCAGAAGGGGAAGAGCCGCAGGGGUGUGAAGGCCAGACCGCAGCAGGCUUCAGGCAGUAAGGCAGGCCAGAGUCAGGCGGACCCCAUCCAACACUCCUUCCUGACGGACGUCUCCGAUGUGCAGGAGAUGGAGAAAGGACUGCUGAGCCUUCUCAAUGACUUCCACAAUGGAAAACUACAGGCCUUUGGUAAUGAGUGUUCUAUAGAUCAGAUGGAACAUGUGAGAGAGAUGCAGGAGAAGUUGGCUCGGCUGCACUUUGACCUUUAUGGGGAGGUGGACGAGAUGCCUGAGGACCAACGGAAGACCGCCUGCGACUCCAACAUGGACAAACUACUGCUCAACGUAAGAUCUGGCAAUAGGUUUGGUUAAUCUAGAGGAACUGAGUUCAUCAAUUCAGAAGCUGAAUCUGGCAGACAGCCAGGAGAUACCCAGGACAGCCAGCAUUUAAGUCGGUCUGCAGUCAAGUCUCAUCUCCUUGUCUCCUAACCUCAUCUCUUUAUUUGAUUUCCUUAUCCCCUAAAUUCAUUUCCUUAUAUGCCUCUUCUCUUCUCCCCUGCCCUCUCGUCCCCUCUUCUCCUCUACCCAGCCCUCUCCCGUCCCCUCUUCUCCUCUACCCUGCCCUCCCGUCCCCUCUUCUCCUCUACCCUGCCCUCUCCCGUCCCCUCUUCUCCACUCUCCCCUCUUCCCCCCCUCUUCUCCUCUACCCUGUCCCCCCUCUCUUCUCCUCUAGCAUCCCGUCCCCUCUUCUCCUCUACCCUGCCCUCCCGUCCCCUCUUCUCCUCUACCCUGCCCUCUCCCGUCCCCCUCUUCUCCUCUACCCUGCCCUCUCCCGUCCCCUCUUCUCCACUCUGCCCUCUCCCGUCCCCUCUUCUCCUCUACCCUGUCCCCCUCUCUUCUCCUCUACCCUGCCCCCCCCCUCUUCUCCUCUACCCUGUCCCCCCCUCUCUUCUCCUCUAGCAUCCCGUCCCCUCUUCUCCUCUACCCCCCU